GAGAAACGUUAGUAUUUCACGCUUCUGUGGUCAAUUAAGGUGCUCUUUUCUUCUGUUUGGACCCGAAAUACUCAGAGAUGGAUCAGGAACGAGCUUGGAUAAGAGGGCGCCUGGCUUGGAGUAAUGAGAGUUUGGCUACUCCACUGAGAGAAGGGGUCAGCCAACCACAAAGACGGAUGCACCACUCCGGUCCUCCUUCUCUCAAGUUCAAGCACAAUAGGCCAGCUUGGGAUGAUAGUGUCCACGAUCUGACAUCAAUGAGACUAACACCAACUGAGCUGGCGCGUAAGCUUGCAUCACGGCAGUCAUCCAACUUGGUCCUGGCACGAGCCCAGUUAUUGGAGCAGAGCCGACGGCCAGGGGUGCACAGCCCUAAUCUUCCACCGUCUCUUGCUGCUAGACUCCAAGCUGCAAGGCAGCAGAGUGUUGAGUCUAUCUUAGCACAUUCCAACGCUACUCUUCUGACGUCACAGAAGGUGCGGCAGGCUGAAUCAAAAUCAUUGCACGAUUUAGACUUGAGGCGUAAUCAGGAACCUGAUGGAGCAGAAGACCCUAGCCAAGCCAGCAGCCACAUGCAAAACGAAAAAUCAAGAAGGACACCACCUGUAGACCACCAGGUUGAUAAAACAGAGAGUAAGCUGAAACUCUUGACUGAGAGCAUGAAGGAAAACAGUUAUAGCUAUUCAGUGCCAAAGGGAGCCAAAGAAAAAGAGGGAAUGACACAGGGAGCAACGGCUACAGCCAAGCCAGGAUUAGACGAUAAGAGAGCAAUUAAUCUGACACACGGAGCUUCAACGCGAACAAGCCUUGACCACACAAUUACAAUGGUAGUGAACACAUGCCGUGAACUGUGGCAGCAGUUGGAGGAGGAACGCCUUACAAGGGAGCGCUUAACACAACAGCUACAACAACAAGGAAAUGUCAUUACAACGUUGACAACUGAAUUGCUUCAGAUACAAGAGCAACAGGAGUCAAUUCUUCGUGAGGUCAGUGACGCUCGAGCCUCGGGUCUCUGGGGAUUUGAGGGCGACCUCAGUGGGGGGAGCAGUGGCAGUACUGAAGGCGAUGAUAUUGGCAGCAGUCAUUCUCUCAGUGGAAAGGUGGUGGGAGGCCGCCCUAGUUCACAGACUGUCAGCAGUCGACACCCACAGAGAUCCAUUCUGAGAGCUACCAGAACCAUCCACACGCCUCACCUACGCCAGCAGUCCCCCAUGUACUCAACCAUGCAACAUUCAUCAAGAAGUCAUCAGUCCAGUCCCCUCAUGGGUCUGUCCCACCAAGCCCCACACUCCCCACGACCCCACCAAGCCUCUCCUAGACCCCACCGUUCCCCAUCGCCACAGUCAACCCUCUCCAUUGACCGCUCAGAGCCAUGGAGUCACAUAGGGUACAGAAGUUCAGUAUCAAGGCAAAUCAGGGAUGCGCUCACCAACAGCCAAAACAUAACUCCUAAGUCUGAGAUUAGCAAAUCCCACAUGAGCUUUAGCAAAGUGUCUGAUGAUGGUGCUCUAGGCAGCAAGCAGUUAGAAAAGGAGAAGAAACACACAGGAGAGAGGCAGUCAAUUCCAGUCUCCAAUAAGGAGAAUGAUGCCCAGUCAGCUUUAGAAGCAAAUGCUAUGGAUUCCACCAUAUCUGAUUUAGCAGAAAAGAAGUCCAUGAGGAAGCCUUGUGGAUACCUGAUGUUUCAUCACUGAAUUGAUUAUCUAAUCGACGUCAUCUUUAACGAAUUCGGGACUGCAAAUCCUCAAUGAUCUGAUGAAGAAACCAAUUACGACUCCAGCUUCUGGUGUGUUUCUGUCACCCCGACGAAUCACCUGAGACAGGUAUGACCAUCUUCCUCCUCCACGGUAAAUUGGAUUUUCUCGUGGACGGCGUUUAUUUGCGUGAUAUAAACACGAUUUUCUGGGAAUGAUACCGAGAUCAUCAUCAUCUACGCAGUGUAGUUAAGCAGAAAUCCUGCAUAUUAUCCCUUUUCAACGUCUCCAUCAAGA